AUGGCCGAAUCCCUCCUUUUCACCUAUGCCCCCCCCAAACCAAUCAACGGGAUUCAGCUCAUCACACAGCCCAUACCCACUUAUCGGCCGGAGGAGGUCGGCGUUGAGUUCCUCGGAAACCCCGUCAACCCAUUGGACUUUCCCGUUAUUCUCGGGAAAUACCCUACCAAGCCCAAGAGCACCAUCACGGGCCAGGACGGCGAGCAGUGGGCAAUUCCAGGCUCCGAUGGCGCAGGUCGCAUUAUCCAAAUCAGUUCUGCCGUCAGCAACCUGGCCGUUGACGACCUCGUUAUUCUCCGAGCCCACUACAGGGGCACGUGGAGAACGCAUGCCGUGUUCAUGGAAGAAGAUCUCAUCCUCGUUCCGUCCACUGUCAAGCUGCACCUUGCGACAAUUUUGCGCAUGGGAAUUGCCUCUGCCUAUUUCCUGUUGAGGGAAUACCACAACCUCGAACCCGGAGACUGGAUCAUCCAGAACGCAGCCACCGGAACUAUCAGUCAUUUCGUCUAUCAACUAGCCCGCUAUAUGGCAUCAAAGUCAUUAGCGUGA